AUGUCGCGUAAUACUUUGAAUCUCCUUCGUCCACUCACCAACGCCCGCCCAACCUAUACCAGGAUAUCACCUAUAUCCAUAUCUAAAUCUGCAUUAUCACGGAGCACCUUGCGGAGUGAGAUUGUUAGACCGAUCUUAGGAUCAGCAUCAAAGAAGAGGAAUCUACAUACUACCAUACCAAGGCAGCAUGGCGAGAUAACGAGACCUGAACCUGGAACGGGGAUCAAAUUGACGUUCAAAGAUUCAAAAGGGAAUGAGAUCAAGACGAUAGAAGGUAAUGAGGGUGAUGAUAUUUUGAGCUUAGCUCAUGAGUACGAUGUGGAUUUGGAAGGCGCUUGCGAAGGUUCAGUAGCAUGUUCAACUUGUCAUGUGAUAAUAGAUCCAGAGAAUUACGAUAAGUUGCCUGAACCAGAUGACGAGGAGAACGAUAUGUUGGAUUUGGCAUUCGGUUUGGAGGAUACCUCUCGAUUAGGAUGUCAAGUGAAGUUGACCAAAGAAUUGGACGGGAUGGUGGCUACUUUACCGUCAGCAACGAGGAAUAUGUACGUUGAUGGUGCUAAAGCUCGAACUCACUAG